GAUGUGUGGGCGGCAGCGCGGCUCUGGGGGAGGGGACCUUCGUAGAAACAGCAGAACCUGCCGAGAUCAAUCCUGCUGGAGUUUUUCCUGACUUCUCCCUUUCCUUUCUAGGUUUGUACAAGAAAUCUGGAAAACUCGUGUUCCUGGGCUUGGAUAAUGCCGGCAAAACCACUCUGCUGCACAUGCUCAAGGAUGACCGGCUGGGUCAGCACGUCCCCACGCUACAUCCCACCUCGGAGGAGCUGACAAUCGCUGGAAUGACCUUCACAACUUUCGAUCUGGGUGGACAUGAACAAGCUCGCCGCGUCUGGAAGAACUACCUGCCGGCCAUCAACGGGAUCGUCUUCCUGGUGGACUGCGCAGAUCACUCGCGUCUCAUGGAAUCCAAAGUCGAGCUUAAUGCGCUCAUGACGGACGAGACAAUAUCCAACGUGCCAAUCCUUAUCCUGGGGAACAAAAUUGACAGACCCGAGGCCAUCAGCGAGGAGAAACUGCGGGAGAUCUUCGGGCUCUACGGACAGACCACGGGAAAGGGAAACGUGCCGCUGAAGGACCUGAACGCGCGCCCCAUGGAGGUGUUCAUGUGCAGCGUGCUGAAGAGGCAAGGCUACGGCGAAGGCUUCCGCUGGCUGUCGCAGUACAUCGACUGACCCGCGGCACGGGCGUGAAAAACGAGUUCUGCUCCCUCUGGACUGAUCCCGUUCGCGGCUUCCUAUGGACUUUUCUAUUAGGACACGGAAGGAUU